AUGGCAUCCACUCUUGUGGCAUCUCCGCAACAGCAUCCAUUAUCAUAUCAAAUUGCGUAUUUGCUUUGGGAAAUUGAUUGCAAACAGUUUUUGAAACAACAUGAAAGUUCGAGUAAGUCUCUUAGCUCUUAUAGAAACUUUACUUCUUUAAUAGCUAUAAAUCUCUGUUAUGAUGAUACAUUUCCCCCGCACUCUCACCCUCUUAGCAGAUUGUGGGGCGAGAAAACAACGAAACUUUCAAUGCUAACAUUCACAAAAGGGUGA